GCAACAGCAUUUCCCAUGAUGCAUUUAAGCAGCUGUCGCUUAGCGCUGUGCUUCGAUAAGGCUGGGUGAAGAACUAACGGUCACCCUCGCAGAACAUACAAUUAUCUCUCCGUAAAAGGCUGUGAACUAACAGUGACGCCUCAGACAUGCUCCGGAUCAUCAAGGAUGUAAUGGAUGCAACAUAAAGACCUUAUGACCAGCAUCUUGGCUGUAAAGAAAUUGCUGGAGUUCUUUUCUGGACAGCUUCAUCACCAAGGCCAGACAGCCCAGCUAAGCCCUUUUCAACCCUGUCAAGUCCAGAGACUAGUAACCUCUUUACUAGCCUCACAAACAUAAGCACUGUAAGUUUGCUAGCGUAAAUCCUCCAGGCCAACGCUAAGUCACUGACAGGCUGACCGCCUUAGAUCGGAUUAAGAUAAUAUUAGACUCACUUGGGGAAGGAGCAGAAGAACACCUGCCUGCCCGAGAGCCCAGAUUCAGGCCACUGUGUGCUUAUCUUCCGUGACGCCUCCACAGCUAAAAGUGGUUUAUCUGCAACCACCCCCCUUUGCUACAGCCUGCCAUUGUGUAGUACUAGCUUCCUUUCUAGCUUACACAAAGCUAUUUGCAUGUAACGUCUCUACGGCUGCAAGAGGACCCCCUGCCCCUGCCAGUUUCUGUGAACACUUGAAGACAUUACCUGCUCCCCUUGAGUGCGUUGGUGUGCCGUGCCCGUGGAGUGAAGUGGCAUUGAGUGUCACACAGCAGGAAAGCAACGCAUGUAAACAAAAGACUAACUUGGAUGACAACUAAAUGGCAAGGGGCACAGUAAGUGAAGGACUUUCUCUCGUGCCCUGUGCUGUCAGUCCACACUGAGAGAUGCCAUUGCUGCUGUGGACGGGCUGGAGAGGGGAGGAUACGGCUGCAUGAAGCUCCUGUGGAUAGGACUGCAUUGGCUGUGAUAAACACACACACACACACACACACACACACAGACCCACUAUGUCACACUAGCAUACACACUCCGCCACUGGAACAGUAGGCUCCCUGUCUGGGGUCCCGCUGUUUGUAAGCUGUUGUGUGUGUGUGUGUGUGGUUUUUUUUUUUCUUCUUUUUUCCCUCUCUCUCUUUUUUUUGCCUGCCCUGAAAGUUUUGGAUCGUUGAGCACAAGGGGCACUUUGCUGGAGCCCGGUGGUGGCUGAGAUUUGGCUGCAGUUGACAAGAGCGGCGUGCCGGCCAACUCCCGCUGAUUGGAGCCCUUCGCACCGAAUCCCCACGCACACCUCCCACGCCCCUGCUCCUGACGCAAGGAGGUUUUUGGGGAGAGCAAAGGGUUAGUCAUGAGACUCUACUGACACACGCACACCGACCACUUUAUUUUUAUGAAAGACUGAGCAUUCACAACUCCCUGCUCAACAACCCCCAACCGCUCUGAGAAAGAGAGUGCCGCAGGCAGAGGCCCUAUACCCGACCCUAGUUUACCCUCCGUUGACAUUACACCCUGAAGUUCAGGAUGAAGCUAAAAAAACAGGUGACUGUGUGCGGGGGCGCUAUCUUCUGUGUGGCCGUGUUCUCCCUCUACCUGAUGCUGGACAAGGUUCAGCACGACCCCGCCAGAAGACAGAACACAGGGGGGAACUUCCCGAGGAGCCAGAUCUCGGUGCUGCAGAACCGCAUUGAGCAGUUGGAGCAGCUCCUGGAGGAGAACCACCAGAUCAUCAGCCACAUCAAGGACUCCGUGCUGGAGCUCACUGACACGGGCGCCAUCUCGCCCAGUGGCCACCUGCCCUUCCGCAGCAACAACGGCUCCUGGGUGAUGCCUUUCGACGGGCGGCCCACCUUCCUGUCGCUGCGCCCACGCGACUGCCAGUUCGCCCAGCUCCGCCGCGGCCCCACAGAGCUGCAGACGCUGGAUGUUAACUCUUUGCUGAGCUUUGACAAUGUGGACGGUGGCGUGUGGAAGCAGGGCUUUGAAAUCACCUACGAGCCCGGCGAGUGGGACGACGAGCCCCUGCAGGUGUUUGUGGUGCCGCACUCACACAAUGAUCCAGGCUGGAUCAAGACGUUCGACAAAUACUACAGCGACCAGACGCAGCACAUCUUCAACAACAUGCUGGUCAAGCUGGCCGAGGACCCACGCAGGAAGUUCAUCUGGUCCGAGAUCUCCUUCUUCGCCAAGUGGUGGGAGAGUGUCGACAUCCACAAGCAGGAGGCCAUGCGCAAGUUGAUUCAGAACGGGCAGCUGGAGAUGGUCACGGGUGGCUGGGUGAUGCCAGACGAGGCCAACACCCACUAUUUUGCCAUGAUCGACCAGCUCAUCGAGGGCCACCAGUGGCUGGAAAGGAACUUGGGCAUUGCCCCCCGCUCUGGCUGGGCCAUUGACCCGUUUGGCCACAGUGCCACCAUGCCGUACGUGCUUAAGCAGGCCAACCUGACCAGCAUGCUCAUCCAGAGGGUACACUACUCCAUCAAGAAGCACUUCGCCGCCAGCCGCAGCCUGGAGUUCAUGUGGAGGCAGGCCUGGGACCAGGGGUCUGGUACGGACAUGUUCUGCCACAUGAUGCCAUUCUACAGCUAUGACGUGCCACACACCUGUGGACCCGACCCAAAAAUCUGCUGCCAGUUUGACUUCAAGCGCCUCCCGGGCAGCCGGGUGAACUGCCCCUGGAAGGUUCCGCCCAAAGCCAUCGUGGACACCAACGUGGCCGAGAGGGCUAACCUUCUCCUGGACCAGUACCGCAAGAAGUCCAAGCUGUUCCGCAGUAAGGUUCUGCUGGUUCCGCUUGGUGAUGACUUCCGCUACGACAAGACCGUGGAGUGGGACCAACAGUUCCAGAACUACCAGCGUCUGUUUGACUACAUGAACUCCCACCCGGAGAUGCAUGUGCAGGCCCAGUUUGGAACCCUGUCGGACUACUUCAACGCGGUGUACAAGGCCAAUGACGUGGCCCCCGGCACGCGGCCGCCCGACUUUCCUGUGCUGAACGGCGACUUCUUCUCCUACGCCGACCGCGAGGACCACUACUGGAGUGGCUUCUUCACCUCCAGACCCUUCUACAAGAACCUAGACCGCGUGCUGGAGUCCCACCUCAGGGGGGCAGAGAUCCUCUACAGCCUGGCACUGGCCCACGUCCGUCACUCGGGCAUGGAGAGCCGCUACCCGGUCUCGGACUACUCCCUGCUGACGGAGGCCCGCCGCAACGUCGCCCUCUUUCAGCAUCACGACGCCAUCACUGGCACUGCCAAGGAGGCUGUCGUCAUCGACUACGGCAACAGGCUGCUGCGUGCUCUGGUGGGUCUGAAGAGAGUGAUCAUUAAUGCCGCGCACUUCCUGGUCAUGAAGAACAGAGACGUGUACCGCUUCUACCAGUCUGAGCCCUUCCUGGAAACGGAUGACCGGCGGGCCACCCAGGACUCCCUCCCUCAGCGCACUCUCAUUGAGCUGGACCCCAACACCCCCAGGUAUCUGGUGGUGUUUAACCCAGUUGAGCAGGAUAGGCUGUGUGUUGUGACAGCCCUGGUGAGUUCUCCACAUGUGCGUGUGCUGACAGAGGAUGGCCAGACCUUACCUGUGCAGCUGAGUGCCCAGUGGAGCUCUGCCCUGCAGGUCAACGCUGAGGUCUACCAGGUUUCCUUCAUGGCACGUCUGCCUGCUCUGGGCCUGGCUGUGUACCACCUGUAUGAGACCGCAGACUCGCCCAUGACCAUGCGCUCAGAGACAGUGAUGCGCAUGGCCCCCGGGACCGGGGCCGUCAGGGGCCUGGACCCUCUUCCGCUCCGCAUGCAGAUCGCAGACGCCCAGCCCUUCUUCAUCAACAGCCAGGCUCUCUCGCUGGGCUUCUCUGGAACCACAGGCCUGCUGGAGACUAUCCGGCGGAAGGAUGAAUCUCAGGAGAUGCGGGUUCAGUUCCAAUUUGUCACCUACGGCACGCGGCCAUCUAAGGACAAGAGCGGCGCGUACCUGUUCCUGCCCGACGGCAGAGCCAAGCCCUACACACAGAGGGAAGCCCCAGUUGUGCGUGUAGUGGAGGGCCCGCUCUUCUCAGAGGUGGUCACCCACUUCCAGCACUUCCAGCAGACCGUCUGCAUCCAUAACGUGCCCGGGGUGGAGGGCCUCUCCCUGGACGUCAGCGUCCUGGUGGACAUCCGCGACCAGGCCAACAAGGAGCUGGCCAUGCGCGUCACCACAGACAUCCAGAGCGAGGACACCUUCUACACAGACCUCAACGGCUUCCAGAUCCAGCCCCGGCGCUACUUCCACAAGCUGCCCCUGCAGGCCAACUUCUACCCCAUGCCCACUAUGGCCUACAUCCAGGACAGCCAGCACCGUCUCACCCUGCAUAGCGCCCAGGCCCUGGGGGUCACCAGUCUGGACAGUGGUCAGCUGGAGGUGAUCCUGGACCGGCGGCUGAUGCAGGAUGAUAACCGAGGGCUGGGCCAGGGCCUGAAGGACAACAAGAAGACCCUCAACCGCUUCCGCCUGCAGCUGGAGAGGAGGCCUGGAAGCAGCCGGUUUGCUCCCAACGCUGGCCUGUUCGCCAGAGUCUCCUCCUCCUUCCACUCGUUUUUCUCUGGCAUGUUCGGAGAUGAGACUGAAGAGGUACUGGACAGUGAGACACUCAGCUUCCCGUCCAUCAUCAGUCACGUGACUUCUGCAUUCCUGAACCAUGAGGUGCUGGCUCUGCCUGUGGUGGCCAAACACGGCGUGCCCCCCCUGCGCACCUUCUCCCCCCUCCCCACCCCUCUGCCCUGCGACUUCCACCUGCUCAACCUACGAACUAUCCAGAGCCAGCAGGACCCUCAGAGCCCAUCCCCCUUCACAGCUCUGCUCCUGCACCGCAAAGCUCUGGACUGCAGGCUGGAGGUGCAGAACCUAGGCUUCAACUGCAGCACCUCCCACGGACAGCUGAGCGUGUCCAGUCUGUUCCGGGGCCUGGACCUGCAGCUGCUGCAGCCCACGUCACUGUCCCUGCUCUACUCGGGGACGCCCCUGGCCAACGACUCCACCGUCACCCUGGACCCCAUGGAGAUCUCCACCUACAAGCUCAAGAUAUGCUAGCCACGCGGCCACACGUUUGGGCCCCCGGAGGGUCUCUCUGGAGCCUCUAGACCCACACAGGGCCAUCCCUCAGCGGGCCUCUGUUCUCAGUCUGAGCCCAUCCAGACCACCUGGACGUGAGCAGCCUGCCCCACCCACAGAGACAGGAACAGGAUUGUGGUGGGUGCUGGGGAUUAAAAAAAAAAACAGGGACUACCUGGAUAUUGUGGAGAAAAAAAAGACACCUGGAACAUGGGGAGGGGGAGGGAUUUGGAAGCGACACGAACAAACAGCAUUUGACCUGAUGGCGGUCAGGAUCGCUGUAGUUUUCUGAUCUUGCCAGGCUCUGGCUACGUCUCGUAAUCUUGUCUCACCAGGUACCGGACCACACACUACAUGUAAAUAGUGUAUGAUGCUGACUUGCGGGGUUGGGGGGUAGGGCUGGUGACCCCCAGUGCAAUUUCUUAAACUCUCUAUCUUCUUUUCUACUCUCUCGGCCAUGUAAGCUGUGUAAGAGACUCGAACUCCACACGAGCUCGUGAAAUGCCUCUUUUUCUAUGCCACCGGAUCGCUUCGCGAAUGUUGGGCCUUCCCUUUUGCAGUGGGAGGGAGGGAGGGAGGGAGGGAGUGGGGGGCCUCUUCAUCAGGGAUAUCAGCCCCAUCCUCUCACACUCCAUGAGAUGGGUGUCUGUCCCCAUCAGGACCAUGACAACAAAGACUUUAAGCAACAAGACUGAGUCACCCAUGGCUAGAUGAGCCAAGCAUAGUAGAUGAAACUGCCCGUCCUCUCCCACCUUCUGGACUACGUUGGUGAGAGGUCUUCAUCAAGGACUCCUGUCGGACUCUGUUCUGUUUUAGUGCGAGUGAAGCGGCCCUUCACCUGGAGUGUUUUUGUUGACUCAUACGACCGCCUCUGAGGACACAACACUUGUUGGUUUUUGUUUUUCCCCCCUCCUUUGUACGCCAGGAAUGGUGUUGUGUACUAUACUGUAUGCAGUAGAAGGUGGUGCCUCAUAUUUUAACAUAUGAACACUAUCGGUGUGUGUAGUCGAGUCGAGUCGUCGUCAUUGGUACUUCUGUGAAGGCUGAGGUGUGGGUGUGUGGGAGGAUGGUGACGCGUGGAGGAGGCUCCACACACGGCUGAGUGCGAUGUUCAGUGCUGUGUGCUCCUCCACGACUCACAUAUCCAUUCAAACCCUAUAUACAUUGUUUUCUACUUGAAGGGGAUGAUUAUUUGAGUUUGGUUUGCCACUUCCGUUUCACCAUUCUUUAUUAGUUUGACAUGUAAUAAAGGGGAGGCUAUAUGAACUGUGGCUAUCGUAAAAACACUAAUACAGAUUGACAGCAAUAUUUUUAUUUUGGUAUUAUUAUUAUUAUUAUUAUUAUUAUUGUGGAAUCAGCACAUACCACAGUUAACUGAUACUAGAAGUGUGUUUUAAUCAGACUCACUCCACCAAGAUUCAGUGACGUUUUCUUUUUCGGCACCAGUCGAUCUUCUCCUUCCAGCCCUCCAUCACAAUCAUGCACCGUGUCAACAGUCGGGCCCCCCUGUGGCCAACACUGCCAUUCAAACACUGCAAGUGAUCAUUACUGCAGGCUCACCAAGGCCACACUCCUCCCCCCCCCCCCCCCCGUCCAUCCAUCCAUAACACUCCAUCACUCAUCAUUCUCUAACACCUCAACUCUAAAACACUAUUUCCACUCUGUCUCUCUCGAACCGUGUAGGAUGCUAGCCUCAUAUAAUAUAUGCAGACUCGUUGCAUUUCGAUACUACUAAUAUCACACACAGUUUUAACACAAACAACAGCCCACAUGACUUCCAUUACUUCAUCUGAGGUGUCCACGUCACCUCAGACUUUACUUGUUCCAUUACACUACAUGGGUCUCAUUGCACUUACUGAAAGCAUAAUGUAGCCACUGCCACUUUCCCCCCAAUCCUCUCCUCUCUUCUUUUCACUCCCAUCUUUUCUCUCUCUCCCCCCCUACUUUGCUGUCUCUCGGUAGCCGUCUUCUCUGUGUGCAGUUUGCAGAAAAAGAGGUGAAUAGCUUAUUUAUUUUUAUCCCCGGCAUUGGUUUUCUGAGUGUGUUUUAAGUGAUGCAUCCAGGAGAAAUGCCAAGCAGCUGAAGAACAUUUAAUAAAGAGAAGACAUGAAAGCUGU